AUGAAUAAUGUGAGCCUAGCGUUGUUAUGCAGGCAAUCAUUUUCUGAGGAGGACAUCGUUGAGGCUAAAAGCUUGUUGUUCGAGUCAGUACAACAAAAGGAAAUCAAACGAAGGGGCGAUGCCGGUAAAAACAAAACCAUAGAAGACAUCAUUGGGUUGUUGAAAGGGGCAGAUCCUGAGAUAUUUCCAACGUUUGUGGCACGAGACAUCCAAAAAUUGCCACCGGUCACAUUUGACCACAUAGACGCGACGCGUUUACUAAAGGAUAUGCUAGUUAUGCAGAGGGAGAUCAGUGCCAUAAGUGAGAAAUGUGCAGUAUUUCAAGACACGUACGUUAAAAAAGAUGAUUUAAAAUUUGAAUUUGAAAAGUAUCAUAAAAAUACACGAGGGCAACUCAUAAGUCACCCUAAUGUCAAUAGCAAGAGAGGCGGUUCUUGCUUACAAGAUAGCCCCGACUGUGAAAGCGGGCCGAUGGGCCUAAUGACCGUCCUUAACGAUAAUUAUACGUCGACAAGGACAGUGCAAAAACAGAUGGGUGAUCACCUGUCUUUGUCGGACGCGAGCGCUUGCGCGGUGGAGACAGAUAAGUCUGUCCUAUUCACACAUGUGCAACAAGUGGCACAUCAAGAGUACGUGGAGGCCCCUCGUCAAGUAACUGCGGUUUCGAAUGCACACGAGGCAAAUGCAUUUGAGGCGCCCGCGCACCUAUCCUUGUCAUGCGUGAGCGAUACGGCGGCGGAAGAUCAUAAAGCUGUCUCUGUCACUCCCGUAUUAAGGUCGGAGAUGGCGACUCGAGCGCUUGUCUCGUCUGAGUCAGCUGGUGUGAUGACGUCAUGUAAUGUAGUGAAUGCAGAUAUACAAAGCGCCGUGAACAAGCAAGAUGUAAUUGAUGGUGAAUGGAUACGAGUUGAAAAGCGUAAAAAGUCAAGGUUUAAGGGGUCGAGAGGAACAGCUGUGAUAAACCCGCUGGGGAAAUUCAGGGCGGCGGAGGUGCAGAUUCCGUUGUUUAUUUACAACGUCGCUAAAGACGCCACAGAGCGGGAUAUUGCCGAAUAUGUAUAUGAGAAAACACAUAUACAUAUAUUGCCGGAGAGAGUGAAGAAUAAUAAUAAAUCGGAAAAAGAUUACACAUCAUUUAAAUUCUGUAUACCUAAAAACAUGAAACGUUCCGCGAGGAAUAUGCCGAGGGAUUUUGAGAGCGGUGCAGGACAGGACACGCUAUCGCCCGUCAACCAGCUAGCGGUUGGGGCGCGAUUUACGACCGCCCAAGAAUUCACAAGUCUCUUGAAGGCGCCA